CCUUCCCCUUUACCCAGCCAGGCGCCGCCGGGCCCGGGCCCCGGGCCCGGGCGCCGCCAUGUCGGAACCUUUGGGUUGGUGCGUUGAGGCUGUACGAGCGGCGGCCGAACCGGGACUGGCCCGGGCUUUGUUGGCGUUGCGGACCCGUCACACUCGGCGACCGGGAGGUGCCGCUCGGUUUCGGGAACGGGGUGGGUUGGGGCCGUUGUUGGAGUUGUUGGGGCCCGAGAGGCCUCGGCGCACCCUCGAUUUGGCUCUCAGCGUUCUCGGGAAUUGUUGCACCGAGCCCGGUUGCCGCCGUCAGGCUCGGCGCCUCGGCGGCGUCCCCCGCCUCGUGGCCCUGCUGUCCUCGCCGGGGCCGGAGAGCGUGCAGAACCGGGUGGCCCGCACCCUCGCCAACCUGGCGCUGGAGCCCGACGGCGCCCGGGAUGUCCUCGACGCCGGUGCUGGCCCCCUCCUGGUGUCGCUGGCUGCCUCCUGCGGCACCCCCGAGUGCCUCCACAGUGCCGCCCGUGCCCUCCGCAUCUUGGGGGCCGCCCCGGCCCCCCGCCGAGCCCUCGGCCGAGCCGGGGCCGUCCGAGCCUUGGCUUCCCGCUUGGCAUCCCUCUCUCCGGCCCACCCCGCCUGCCCAGCCGUCGCCCGAGCCCUGCGGGGUCUCACCGACAGCCCCGGCCCUUCGGCCGACGACGUGGCCCCCGCUUUACCCGCCUUGGCCGCCCUGGCCGCUCACGCCAAGCGGGACCACCGCCAACCCGCCCUGGGAGCCAUCGCCAAUGCCUGCGCCCGCGCUCCUCUCCGACCCGCCCUGGGGGCUGCCGGGGCGGUGGAAGCGGUGACCGAGGAGGUGAGGAGAGCGUUGGCGUCCCCCAACGUCGCCGGUGCCACCGUAGCUGUCCGGGCUCUCUGCCUGUUGUGCCGGGAAGCCGUCAACCGGGCGCGGGUACGAGCGGCCGGCGGGUUGGGGCUGCUCCUGCGCCUCCUGGCCGAACCCCGCGCCCGGCCGUGGCGUCCCCGCGUCCUCCUGGCUUUGGCCGCCUUCGCCUACGACCAGGAGGCGCUGGCGGCUCUGGAAGCUCGAGGCCUCGUCCCGCUGCUCGCCGACGUCCUGCGAGCCCGGGCCGAUGAGGAGGAGGAGGAAGAGGAGGAAGAGGAGGAGGAGGAAGACGAAGGGGAGGAGGAUGAAGCCGCCGCAUCCUGUGAUCUUCCUCGGGAGCUGCCUGGCCCGCCGGGGGCCGAUGCGGCCGCCGGGAGCUUGCGGGGACUCAAGUCCUGGCUCCUCUCUGAAGCUGCCUCCCCACCGCCCUCCCCUCCGUCCUCCACCGUUCCCCCCCACUGCCCCUCUCCCCCCCGCCGUCGCCUGCCCCCCAUGGGGGCCCUGGCCCUACCCCGGGGGGUGGGCGAGGGGGACCCCUGGCUCCCCGAAGCUCCCGCUCUCCUACUUUUGGGACGGCUGGCAGCCGCCGAUGAACCCAGCCGAGCCCUGGCCACUGCCCCCGUUGUUUCGGGGCUCCUUCGCUACCUGACGGGGGUCCCUGCCCCAGCCCCCCGGGCUGCCCGGGUGCUGCAGCGCCUGACAGGACACCCUGCUUUUUUGGGGGCCCUGGUCCGGGCUUACGUCCCCUCCCUGCUCCACUCCUGGCUGGUCCUCGGCUUCACCCCACCCCAGGCCGAGGAGCUCUCGCGGCCCGGGGGACCCAGGCAUCCGGCUGCCCCCCCUCACCCCCGCCAGGCACGCCUCAAGGAGUUGGGUGAGGGACUCCUGCGCAACCUGGGGGCGGGCAGCAGCGGCCCCCUUCGGCGUGGGGCUGCUGACUCACAUGCUGCGCUGCGGGGCCCCCCCAGCCCGCCUGGCCUGUGCCACCGCCCUGCCUUUGCUCACCAGCACUGGCGUCAUGUUGCCGUGGCCCGUGACGUUGGCAUCACGUUGGCAUCGCCUACAGCGUUGGCGUCACGUUGCCGUGACCCGCGUCAUUGCCAGGACUUGUGUCGGUGUCACGUUGGUGCGACCCACGGUGUCGGUGUCACGUUGGCGCGACCCACGGUGUUGAUGUCAUGUUGGUGUGACCAUUGGCGUGACUCGGGUCAUCGUUGUCACGGUGGCACGACCUGUGUUGUUGGCCGGCGUCCCCGGCGCGGGGGCUGCUGUGGGGAGGGGGUGCGGUGGCCCUGCUGCUCUCGGCGGUGGCCCGGGGCCCCACGUCCCCCUACGAGCCCCCCCCCGGCCUUCGCCCUCUACGCCGCCGAUGCUAUCGCCCUCCUGCGGGGACAUGCCGGGGACACGCCGGGGGACAUCGGGGACGCGGCGGGGGACGGUGAGGACGCGCUGGGACGUGCCAGCGCCGAGGACCUGCAGGUGCACGGAGACGGGGACACCAGGGACCUGUGGGAACACGGGGACGCCGAGGACCUGUGGGGACAAGCGGACAGACGCGGGGAGAGUGGCGACGUCCUUGGGGAGGAUGGUGACCUGCAGAGAGCUCUGGACCGACACAAGGACCUCAAGGACCCGUGGGGACACCCAGACACCUUUGGGGACGCUGAGGACACCUGGGGACACAUGGAUGGCCACGCAACCUCUCCUGCGGAUGGACACGGUGACAUUGGGGACACGCCAGGGUGCACCGAUGGACAUGGGGACCCGUGGGGACAUGCAGACGGACUUGGGGACGCUGAUGACUCGUGGGGACCCCCAGGGUCCCCGUGUCCCCUGUCCCCUGUGACCCUCUACCCCCCACCCCUGCUGUCCCCUGUGUCCCCAUGUCCCCAAGUAUCUCCAGACCCAUUUUCCCUGGGGCCCCCCUGUCCCCAAGUGUCCCAGAGGGCUACUAAACGUCCCCGAUCAUCCUCUUGCCCCCAGCUGUCCCCAAACCCUCCCAACCUCCAUUCCCAAGUGGCCCCAAGACCCCCCAAAUGUCCCCUGCUAUCCUCUUCUCCUCCGCUGUCCUCAAACCUCCCCAACUCAUGUCCUCGGGUGCCUCUGAGGUCCUCCAACCCAUGUCCCCAACUGUCCCCAUGUCCCCAGGUUUCCCCAAACCCCCUUGACCCAUGUCCCCAGGUGUCCCCGGCGUCCUCCGACCCAUCUCCCCAACCAUCUCCCUGUCUCCGAGCCUCCCUAAGCUCCUCCAACUCCUGUCCCCAAGCGUCCCCAAGCUCCUCCAACCCAUCUCCACCGCCGUCUCCGGCCCCCCAAGCGUCCCCGACCCCCCCAGCCGCGCGUCCCCCAGUGUCCCCAACGUGUCCCUAUGCCCGGACCCCCCACGACCUCCUCCUCCUCCCCAACGGCACCCACCCCGGGGUGCCGGUGGCCCGGGCGGCCCUGACCCGGGGGUCCCCCGUCUUGGGAGCCAUGUUGGGGGGAGCCUUCGCCGAGGCCCGCCAGGCAGCGGUGACCUUAGGCUGCGCCCCCCGCCACCCUCUCCUCCUCCUCCUCCAUUUCGUCCAUGGCUGCCGGGGUCACCCCAAGGACAAAUGUCCCCUCCUGUCCCCCCCGGUGUCCCCCGCCGCCGCCGACGCUGCCGUUGCCUUGGCCCGCCGUUAUUUGGUGGAUGGUUUCGAGGGCGUCAUGGUCGCCGCCGUCGCUGCAUCCCCCGGUGCCCUCUGGGCCUUGGCCGAGAGGUGGGGUUGCGCCCCGUUGGCCACCCGGGCCGCCCAAGCCAUUUUGGGGGGGCCACCCCACGACGUGGCCCCUCGUUUGGUUCGGGUGGCGCAGUUGGCCCGAUGUCCCCCUCGCCUGGCCAGGGCUUUGAUGGCUGCUGUGGCACCCCGGGGGGUCCAGCCCCACCUCGAGAUGGGGGAGCCGUGGGGUGGGGGUGACCCCCUGCUGCGACUCCCCGGAGAUGCCAAUGGGGACCUCGGGGACGUCCAGGAGGACCUCGGGGACUUGGAAGAUGAUUUUGGGGUCCCUUACGAGGAUCUCGGGGAUAGCCGGGGAGACCUUGGCGACGUGGCAGACCCCUUUGGGGACCCUUCUGUGGAUGUAGGGGACUCCUUAGGUGAAGACGAUGCGGACGUGGAGGUCAAGGGGCCUCUCUAAGAUCUUGGGGACCCCUUUGGGGAUCUCAGGGACCACUGCAUGGGUGUUGGGGACCCCUUAGAUGAAGACAAGGAGGACGUGGAGGUCAGGGACCUCUCUAGGACCUUGGGGACCACUGCAUCAGUGUUGGGGACCUCUUAGAUGAGAACAUGGAGGUCAGGGACCUCUCUAAGACCACGGGGAUGCCCUCGGGGACAUCUCUGGAUGUUUAGGGACCCCUUAGACGAUGUGGACAUGAAGGUCAGAGGACUUCUCCAAAGCCUUGGGGGCCCUUUUUUAUGGGUCUUGGCGACCCCUUAGAUGAAAAUGAGGAGGACGUGGAGGUCAGGGGACCUUUCUGAGACCUUGGGGACAUCCUGGAGGGCCCCUUUCUGUCUCUUAGGGACCCCUUAGACAGAGACGAGGAAGACAAAGAUGUCAGGAGAGCUCUCUGAUAUCUUGGGGACACCUUUAGGGACCCUGAGGAGAUGGAGGACACCUUCAGGGACCUCCACAGGGACCUCAGAGAGGACUUUACAGACUUCAAGGACAUGGUGGACCUUCUUGGGGGCCCCUUAGAUGAGGACAUGGAGGUCAAGGGACCUCUCUGAGACCUCGAGAACACCCAUUAAUCUGGGGACACACCGAAGGACCGUGGCAACUUUGGAGAACCCUUAGAUGAAGAUGAGGACGUGGAGGUUGAGGGACGCCCUUGGGGUCCUCCUCUAGAUGUUAAGGCCUUUUUUGAUGAUAAAGGUGAGGCCAAGGGAGGUGGGGGAGCCCCAUGAGGACCUUGGGGAUUUCUUCUACACGUUGAGGCCCUUUCUUGAUGAUAAAGACGAGGCUGGGGAGAUGGGGAGCCCCCGUGAGGACCUUGGGGACCUCAUCUAGAUGUUGAGGCUUUUUUUUUUUUUUUUUUUUUUUGAUGAUGAAGAUGAGGCCAGGGAGGUGGGGGACCUACACACCCCCCCCCCCCCCCCCAGGUUAUGGGGCAUCACCACAGCGUCAGGGAGGGGCACCCGGUUUCAGGUUGAUUUUUGUGGGGUUUGGGGUCGUGACUGUAGCGAAGGCGACGCACAAUAAAGGAGGUGAAACUGC